AUGAACCUCUUCCGAGCACCAGCCGCUCGUGCGGCAAAGACACUCGAUAGGUCUCUCUUUGCAAAAACUCUUAACGCUGCGGCGGCUUCUAUCAAGGAGAAUAAGCUGCUGUCCAAGUAUAGAAAGGAGCUUGAGAAGACCAAUGAGGUUUUGUUUAUGGAGAGAUAUAAUCCCGUCUUGCCUGAUCCAGACCCGUCACUUGCUUCUCAAGGCAAAAAAUGUAUCGUGUUGGCUCCUCAGAUUAAGCCUGCGUCUCCAGAAACAUGGAGUCCCAUCCUCAAAGAAGCCUCGAAAGUCGGUGAUAUUAAGGUGGUACCGUAUGAUAUUGAAAUUGGAUAUGACUCUUGGUCUUAUCUUGAUGUUAUGAAAUCCAUUCUUCCAGAUGAACUUCACGAGGAAAUCCCAAGUGGCUUCAACACCGUGGGACACGUCGCCCACCUCAACAUCCGUGAUCAGUACCUACCUUACAAGAACAUUAUCGCCCAAGUGCUUCUAGACAAGAACCCUCACAUCAAAACCGUGAUCAACAAGAUCGAUAAUGUCGGUUCAGAGAACGAGUUCAGGACCUUUGCCUACGAAGUCCUUGGUGGUCCCGAUGAUAUGAACGUGGAGGUGAGCGAGGCCGGCUGCGUAUUCAAGUUCGACUACUCCAAGGUAUACUGGAACAGCAAGCUCGACACGGAGCACAAACGGAUUGCAGGACUUUUCAAGCCUGGAGAGGUUGUUGCAGAUGUCAUGGCUGGUAUUGGACCCUUUGCGGUACCGGCUGGCAAGAAGGGCGUCUUUGUCUGGGCCAACGACAAGAACCCAGAGAGCUACCGCUACCUUGAGGAAGCGAUCCGCAGGAACAAGGUCUCGGAGUUUGUCAAGCCCUUCAACUACGAUGGCCACGACUUCAUCCGCACAUCCGCAAACCUUGUCCUGGAGGCAUCAAAGCGCGGCGACUGUGCCGUGAUCAAACCUCCGAGGCAACCAAGAAACUCUACGGCUCCGCCCCCGGAGCCUGUCCGAGUGCCCGUGCCACCAACGAUCUCACAUUUUGUCAUGAACCUCCCGGCAUCCGCAAUUGAGUUCACACACAAUUACCGCGGUCUGUACCACGGCCACGAGGAGCUAUUUGAGCCUCACACCGAGACCAAGCUGCCCAUGGUGCACGUUCACUGCUUCUCAGUCAAGGCUGAUGACGAGACACCCCUCAUGGACAUCUGCGAGCGGAUACGUAAAGAGAUUGGCGUCUUACUCAGACCGGGUGAUCCCGAGAACCAAGGCGAGGUGCUCAUCUACGAUGUGCGCGAUGUCGCUCCAGCAAAGAGAAUGUUUUGCGCUUCAUUCCGUCUACCGCGUGAGGUUGCCUUUGCCGAGAGGGCUUAG